AUGGCUGCCGCGGUAUCUGUCCCUUCCCCCGCAUUGCGCGGCACCGUCACUUCUGCGCGCCAUGCCGCCUUGCCAAAAGCCAGCGGCUCCGCGUCGCCAGCGGGGCCUGCACCACAAGUAACUCUCAGAUCGUCCUUCACGCAAUCGCGCGCCGCCGUCACCGGCAGAAGCCGGUCGAGUAGCUGCCGUCAAAUUGCUGCUUCCAGGCGGCGAUCGGCUGUCAGAGCGUCUGUGGCAGCGUCGGCGCCGAAUGCGCAGGCGGCGGCGGCGGAGGCGGAGUGGGCGAAGCUGUCGAAGGUGUGCGCGGUGCUGGGCACGCAGUGGGGCGACGAGGGCAAGGGCAAGCUCGUCGACAUCCUCGCGCAGCGAUACGACGUCGUCGCGCGCUGCCAGGGCGGCGCCAACGCGGGGCACACGAUAUACGACAGCACGGGGCGGCGGUUCGCGCUGCACCUGGUGCCGUCGGGCAUCCUGCACCCGAACGCGACGUGCGUGGUGGGCAACGGGCCCGUGAUCCACCUGCCGGGCUUCUUCAAGGAGCUCGACGGGCUCGAGGCCAGCGGCGUGACCGUGGACGGGCGCAUCCUCGUCAGCGACCGCGCGCACCUGCUCUUCGACCUCCACCAGACCGUCGACGCGCUCCGCGAGGCGGAACUGGCGGGCGACAAGAUCGGCACCACGAAGCGCGGCAUCGGGCCGUGCUACGCCAGUAAGGCGAUCCGCAACGGGGUGAGGGUGUGCGACCUGCGCCGCAUGGACACGUUCCGCGCCAAGCUGGAGACGCUGUACCGCGACGCCAGCCAGCGCUUCCCGGCCUUCCAGUACACCGAAGCCGACCUCGACGCUGAGGUGGCGCGUUACAGGGAGUUUGCCGCCCGGCUGGAGCCGUUCAUCACGGACACUGUUCACUUCGUGGGCGAGGCGGUGCGCGGCGGGCGGCGAGUGCUGGUGGAGGGCGGGCAGGCGACGAUGCUGGACGUGGACUUCGGCACCUACCCCUUCGUCACCUCCUCCAAUCCCUCUGUUGGCGGCAUCUGCACCGGCCUUGGCAUCCCCCCCCGCGCCCUCGGCGACAUCAUUGGCGUCGCGAAGGCGUACACAACGAGGGUGGGCGAGGGGCCGUACCCGACGGAGCUGUUUGGGGAGCUGGGAGAGCAGCUGCGCAAGGCGGGCCACGAGUUUGGCACCACCACGGGGCGCCCACGGCGCUGCGGGUGGCUGGACAUAGUGGCGCUGCGGUACGCGUGCCAGGUGAACGGCUUCACCGCUCUCAACCUCACCAAGCUGGACGUGCUGUCGGGCCUGCCAGAGCUGCAGCUGGGUGUGGGGUACCGUGCCCCUGACAGCUCGCUGCUGCCCGCCUUCCCUGCCGACCUGGAGCUGCUGGGUCAAGUAGAGGUGGAGUAUGAGACGGUGGCGGGGUGGCAAGAGGACAUCACAGGCGUGCGCACAUUCGAGGAGCUGCCAGCCAACGCACAGGCGUAUGUGCGGCGCAUAGAGCAGCUGCUGGACGUGCCCGUGCGCUUCAUUGGUUCUCGUGAAUCGGCGCGCAGCGGGGCGAGGGCGGGCAGGAUGCAGAUCUUCGUGAAGACGCUGACGGGGAAGACGAUCACGCUCGAGGUGGAGAGCAGCGACACCAUCGACAAUGUCAAGGCCAAGAUCCAGGACAAGGAGGGCAUUCCGCCGGACCAGCAGCGGCUGAUCUUCGCGGGGAAGCAGCUGGAGGACGGGCGCACGCUGGCGGACUACAACAUCCAGAAGGAGAGCACGCUGCACCUGGUGCUGCGGCUGCGCGGCGGCAUGAUGAUCAAGGUGAAGACGCUGACGGGCAAGGAGAUCGAGAUCGACAUCGAGCCCACCGACACCAUCGAGCGCAUCAAGGAGCGCGUCGAGGAGAAGGAGGGCAUCCCGCCCGUGCAGCAGCGGUUGAUCUUUGCGGGGAAGCAGAUGAACGAUGAGAAGACGGCCAAGGACUACAACAUAGAGGGCGGCUCCGUGCUGCAUCUCGUGCUCGCCUUGAGAGGCGGCUCCGCCCCCUGCUAG